UUUUACCCCUCUUGUGCUUGCAGCACACUCCCAAUGUUCCCUCCUACCUCUCUUUCCUGCUCUCUUUUUUCCUCCUCCCCCUCUGUCUUGACACACUCUCUCCCUCACUCCUGCCCUCUGCUCCUCCACCGCCUCCCUCACUUCUUCCUGUCCGCAUUUCUUACUCUUAGUGGGGAAAAACAUGGUGUCGGUGCACAGCUCAGAGCUAGUUCCACUCGGCUGGGACGCUGUCACUAAACGUCAUCUGUUCCUACAGAAAGUCUCCUCCAAGCUGGGGCCCGGUGUCCGGCAGCAGGGGGGAGGAACCAGAGCAGAGAAGGGGCCUUCAGCUCCAGGGUCAGGGACCGGACCUCCAAGACAGGGAAGCCCUGGGUUCAGGCAAGCCCAGAGAGAUGACUUCAUGCUGGGAGAGGUUUGGCAGAGUGCUGGGGGUGGAUCUCCAGCGAGGCACAGCCAGAUUCAGAGCCAGGGUAUCCCCAAACCUCGCACCGCUGCAGAGAGAGCAUCUGUUUCCACUGUCACAAGUCCCUCAUCCUGCAACUCCAAACCUACAGCCAAUCAGCUGGCAGCAUCGGCCCGAAGACCAAUUCCUCCCGCAUCAUCAAAACUUCCUGUGAAGGGUUUAUCCACAAGCCUCAGUUCCUCCUCACUGGGAGGCCACGAGAUCAGUGGAGCCACAAGCAAAGCCUCUCCGGCAGCUCCAGCACCAACAGUGAUCACGCCAGAGGAGCAGCCCAGCAGAAGCACACUUCCUGUGGGCACCCAGAGCCCGGCCAAGCCCCUCCCCCCCAGCCCAGCAGCCUCCACCAGCACCAACACUGCCAGUGAGGCGCUGACCUCUGCUGCCCCAAAAACUCCUGCACUGAGGGGCAGAGCUCAGUCUGUGCAGGCCAGGACCACUGCUACAGGUCUGAAGGUCCCAACAGUCAUUAACCACAAUACAGCCAAGGCAGCGGCCGCCAAUCAAACAGCUGCAAAGACAGCUCCUGCAGCCAAUCAGAGCCUGACAAAGCAGACAUCCCAGAAUCACCUGCAAAGAAGCGGCUCAGCAAGACUCAGUCGACUGAACAGCAUUGUGGACAAAAACAAGCCGCGGGAGGCGAGCAGCAGACCCACAAACAGCACCAGCAGCUCCCCGUCAGCAGCUCCAUUAGCAGCUCCAUCAGCAGCUCCAUCAGUGCCAUCAGCAGCUCCAUCAGCAGCUCCAUCAGCAGCUCCAUCAGUGCCAUCAGCAGCAGGGAACAGCCAGAGGGAGCAGCUACCUCCACCCGACCCGGUACCAGAGGUGGUGCAUGCACCAGGGACAGCAGUUCUCCCGGGGCCGGCCCCUGAGAGCCACUGCAAUGGAGCCUCUGGUCUCGGGUUGAAACCAAAAACUGCGUUGAGGUCCAGAGCAGGAUCCCGCCUACAGAAUGCACCCCGGCCGGGUGCAGGGGGGGGUUGGGGGGCAGAGCGGACGGUCGCUGCUAAACAGAACCAGAGUAAAGAGCAGGCAGAGAAGAAGAACCAGGCCCUCAGCCAGCUGAGGAGGCUGCUGCUGCAGGGGAACCGGAGGGUGGAGGCUCUGGCUACAGUCAUCCAGCAUCUCUUCACUGAGCGCGAGGAGACCUUAAAGCAGAAGAAGAGCUUGUCCCUGGAACUGGCAACCCUCCGAGAUGAGCUGG